UCUACUUUGAAAAUCAUGGCUCCGCAGCAAGAGCAUCAUGAUGUCGUUGUUAUAGGCGCAGGUUUUGCCGGUCUCAUAACAGCCCACCGCUACCUAGACCUACAUCCAACAGCAUCACUCGUUAUUGUAGAUCGCAAUGUACACGUUGGCGGUGUCUGGAGUCGAGAUCGAAUUUACCCGGGUUUCUACACGCAGUUCGUCACAGGACUUGCGGAGUUUUCAGACCUGAAGAUGCGCAACCCGCCGAAAGAGGACUGCAUUGGGGAUUGUUUCAAGGCGAACUGGAUGAGUGACUAUCUGCAAGAAUUUGCGACAAAGAUGAUUCAUGAUGGGAAGAGUUUGCAGGACAGAUUUCGACGUGCUGAAAUUGUCAAUGUGACGCGAGAUAAGCUCGAUAAAUAUAUACAAUGGCGGGUUGUAUGCCGCGAUUUGACAGGACAUGAGGACAAUCGCACGUUUAAAAUGGACGAUGGAGAAGCACACAUUGAUGUGAAAACAAGGAAAUUGGAUACCAAGCUCUUUACAGCACAAAAGCUGAUCGUAGCCACCGGGGAAUUCUCGACACCAAAAAUUCCGAGCUUCAGAAACCAUUCCCAAUUCGGUGCGCCAGUAAUACAUUCAACGAAUUUCGGCGAGUCGGCAAUUCUCUCAAAGCCCGACAUCAAACAUGUCGCCAUCCUCGGGGCCGGGAAGUCUUCAGCAGACAUGCUCUAUCUGUGCAUCAAAUCCCUGCCCCCAAGCACUACGUUCCAUUGGAUCAUUCGUGCAGACGGGACCGGCCCAGGCUGGUUCUCACCAAUCGAUCUCGCAUCCCCUUACGCAAGUACCAUUGAAUCCGCCAAUACACAAGCCAUGAGCUUCAUGCAACCAAGCAUCUUUCACGAAGAGGGCUGGUGGGUGUGGUUUUUGCAUCGGACUUGGUUAGGUGUUUGGCUGGUUUCCUGGCUCUUCGGUCUGAUUGAUGCGGAAGCUAAGAAACGAGCUGGUUAUUUUACUAGAGGAAAAGAAAGUCAGGAACGCGGUUUUGAGCAGCUAGAUUACAGCCCUGGAAUCUUCUGGAUGAACAGCGCUGGUGGUGCACUGCAUCACAAGGAUUUCUGGGAUCUGAUCGCUUCCCGCGUUGUCGUUCAUCGUGCCCAUAUCACCUCGACAAGUGAUCAUACUCUCCACCUCAGCAACGACACCCAGAUCUCAUGCGACGCACUGUUACUUGGCACUGGUUGGACAUCGAGCCUCACUUUUCUAUCUGAUGAGCUCAAAGCCGAGCUAGGACUUCCUCAUGAUCACGCGCUUGAUUCGCCAGAGACAGCCGCAAACUGGAAUACAUUAGAGAUCGAAGCUGAGAAGGAAGUAUUCAAACGAUUUCCGAUUCUUGCUAACCCGCCGAAGCACAAGCUCAAGCGAGCCUACACCACCCCCUAUCGUCUAUACCGCGGAAUUGCACCUCUCAAUGAUCCCUCACACAGUAUUGUCUUCGUCAACUUCCUCCUAAGCGGGAAUAUGAUCAUGAACGCUGAAUCACAGGCCCCGUGGGCUGUGGCAUAUCUCUCCCAAUCCAAUCAGCUCCGACUUCCGUCUAUUGAAGAGCAGAAAAGGGAGGUCGCUAUGCAGGUAGCAUGGAGUAGGAGGAGGUAUCUUUCAACCGGGCAACUGGGUAACUUUGCAGGGUUCGACGCAGUAAUGUACACAGGCUUGUUAUUAAGGGACAUUGGUGUAGAAGGACCUUGGAAAGCAAAAGGAGCUUGGGGAGUCAGGAGGCCUGGGGAUCUGGGCGAGGCUUGGAAGUUGUUUAUGGAGAACCAGAAAAGAUUGUCAGCAAAGGAAGGAUGAAAAGGGCACAGGAAAGCACAAUAUCUAGCCAAUAAGAUAAAACACAGCUCCAUUUCAGGCUUAUGUGAC